GAGGGGGGGGGGGUCCUCCGCCGAGCUCCGGGUCCGAGCAGCACGAGGACGCACAACCGCGACAUCCAGGGCGAUAUGAAGGCGGAGAGCGCUGUGUGAGCGCGCGGCCGUGCGACAUCCCGCGCGGUGGCGAUGUGAGGCUGCGUCGGGACUCGGGAACGUCCCGGGCUCCUUGUUAUCAUCAUCAUCAUCAUUGUCAUCAUCAUCAUCAUCAUUUCGUAUCAUCUGUUAUUUGUGAAUGAAUCAUUUUUUGGGGGGGAGGGUAUUUUUUCAAGAAAAACAAAAAAACGUCGCGAUGAAUCGCACCGUGGAUUUCCACCGCAGCCCCGAGAGGACGUCGCACCUGUGAUCGAGGGCAGGAAAAGGACAAAAAGGGACAUUAAAUGUCAUGUCCACGAUUGCUGUGAUGCAGCCUUGUGUUCGAGUGUCCUGUCAGCGGUAGAGGGCAACGCUCGCGAUCGGUGUAAACAGCUCGAGGAGGCGCCUUCCGUUCCGCUCGUUCCGGCUUCGGCUGCCGCAUCAUCAGCAUCUUCAGCAUCUUCAGCAUCUUCACCGUUUGUCUGGAGACGCGGAGCGAAGGGCGGACUGCGCGCUCCCGCGCCGGCUGGGUCUGAAACCCACACCCUGCUGCUGCUGUGGCACCACGGCUCGGAGGGACGCUGUCACCGUGUUACCGUGUCGUGUGUUAGCGUGUUCGGGUGCGCGCGGACAGCGGCGGGGAGGCGGCACCUCGCGCCCGGAGAGCAGGGUCUUGAUUCGGGCGGGGAGUCGUGUGAAAGCCCUCCACCUUCCCUCUUCUGACUGGCCUCUAUACGAUGAGCUCUGGCUCCGCCCAGGAUGUGGCGGUGGAGCAUUUCCUGCGUGACAUUGAGAGGAGGGGCAAAAAGCUGCACUGCGCUGUGAUUGGCCGCGAGGGGGGAAGUCCCCACGGCGACAUGAACCUCCUCUACCGCAAGAGCCGGCUGGACUGGAGGCACAGAGACUCCGAUAGCACCAAGAAGAGCUCGGGCAGCAAGGACUCUUCGGCCACGGUGGGCAAGGUGCGCGACCUCGCUUCCUUCCGGCGUCACUUCAGGAUGGGCUUCCUUACCAUGCCGGCCUCGCAGGACCUCUCCCCCAGGCCCUGUGCCUCGGCCAUGGCUCCACGCUCCCAGUCCUGCCACUCGGUCGGCCUGGAGAACGGGGACUUCCCCGACCGUGGGCCGCCGCCCACCGCGCCUGCCUCCGCUCCCGCCGACCGCCGCCCCCCAGCCAAGCCCAAGCGCCACCCCAGCACUCGCCUCAGCUCACCGGCGGACCCCCGGAGCACGGGGUCCCCGAAAGAGGCUCCUCCGCCCCCGCCCCCUUCGCAGCCGCCUGGGCAGCAUGCGGACAAGAGAAGUGCCAUGAACAAGUCCGACUCCGGGGAGCCGCUGGGCCGCAAGGUGCCGCCCCUGAAGCCCAAACGGAGCCCCAACACCCAGCUGAGCUUUGACCCCCCGCCGCCCCGCGUCCCGCCUCCACCCACACCCACACCCCAGCCCCGGCCCACGCCGGACGAGGACGCCGAGGACGAGCCCGUUUACAUCGAGAUGGUGGGGCAGGUGUUUUCGCGGGAAAGCUGCACCGCCACGCCCCACCCGGCCACGCCCGCCGCCGCUUCCACCCCUGACUCGGAUUCCGACCAGAGCGAGGCCAUAUACGAGGAGAUGAAGUACCCCCUGCUAGACGAGGCUGAGCCCCGCGCCCGCCUCCCGCCCAAGCACGAGAAGCCCAGGUCGGCCAAGCCGGCGCACCCAGCCGUCACGCCCUGCUCUUCCUCGCCCCUGCCUCACCCUUCCUCGUCCUCCUCUUCCUCGCACUCGAAACCCAAAGCCACCGUCUCCAUCUCGCACUCCUCCCCUUUGCCAUCCUCCUCUUCGUCCACACCGAUUCUGCCGCUGCUGUCCUCGAGCCCCCAGCCACCCCGCGCUCCCACCCCCUUCCUUCUCCCGGGGAGCAAAACGCAGUCGGACUCCAGCAACAAGAUCCCGGCACCGUUCCCCAACCUGCUGCAGCACCGGCCCCCCCUGCUGGCCUUUCCACAACCUGCGGCAGCGUCAAGUGGAGUCGGAGCUCAGCUCAAGGCUGGGGCUUCCAAACUGGCCACCGUCAGCAUUCAGGGUUCGUCCAGCCUGCCGCCUCCGCCCAGCACCGCUGCCGCCGCCCCCUCCUCCUCCUCCUCGGCCUCCGCCGGCUCCAAGCUCCCCGUCCUGCAGCUGGGGGCCAAGGAGUCCUUGCCUGGUGGGGGGGCACCCACGGAGCGGCAGGCAGACAGGAAGGAGGCCCUGCUAGGCCCCGCCCCAGGGCUACGUGCCCGCAGCCACUCCACCCCCCUGCCCCCUUCCUCGCAAUCCGCCUCCUCCCACUACCCCCACCACCACUCGCACCGGCCUCCCUCCCACUACCACCACUACCGGCGGCCCGAGAAGGAGCUACCCACCUCCCACAGCAUGAAGCUCGGCUCCCAGGCCUCGGCGCAGACACAGACUCCAGCCGGAGGAAAGGAGGGCAAGAGUGUGGGCUUCCUCCUGAAGUCCGACAAGCGGGAUCGAGAGCGGGAGACGGGCACUCCAGCCAACGCCGCAUCCCAGACCACGCCUACCCCGACCCCCAGCACUGGUGCCGCCAAGAUCAGCACAAGCAGCACACCUUCCCCGGCGCCGGCCCCUUCCACCUCCUCCGGCUCGACUCAGCGCUCGUCGUCACGACCCUUGCUCGGGCACUCCCACGCCCCGCUGUACCACGCCCUGCCCGCCUACCGCCCCCCACCGUCCGACAGCCCCCUGCUGUGGACCUACCCCUCGGCCGGACUCAGGAGGCCUCCGGCCUACGACAGCCUGCGGGCGGGCGGCCAGGCGCAAUCCCCCCAGCCGGCCAGCGGGAGCGACCCUGCACCUAAGGGCAGCUCGGCUGCUUCGGCUCUGCAGGGCAAAGGUGGGAGCCUCUCUCGGGACGGGGGCUCCCCAGACGAUGCCUCCUUCUGGCCCAUGCAGCGGAAGAUGUCUUUCAGCCACGGCAGCAGAGAGACUGACAAGGAGGACACCCAGGUGUGGAACGGCAGCUCCGAUGCCUCGACCCGUGCGGACAAAGAGGACCGAGCGCAGCACUCUGGUAUUCCCGUGUGGUCUGGAGGUGGGUCUGGCUCAGGAGGUGUGGCCAGCGAGGGCACUGGAGCCAUGGGGCGGAGCUCUGAGACACGGUCCCUGGCACGAUCCGGGCUGCCCUUGCCCUGUCAGACCUUCCCUGCCUGCCAUCGGAACGGAGAGCUGGGGCGCCUGGGUCGCUCCGCCUCCACCUCUGGGGUGCGCCAGGGGGGCGGGAACGUGCACCGCCAGUGCAGCCUACCCCCACGAGAAGCCCUGGGCCAGCCACCCACCCCCCAGGCCCAUGCCCAGCCUCUCCCGGCCUGCGCGCCAACCCUGUCCCACCAACAGCUGCAGCUGCAGCUGCACCAGCAGCAGUUGCAGCAGCAGCUCCGUCUGCAGCUGCAGUACCAGCAGCUGGCCCAGCUGGCGCAGUGCCAGUCUACCACCAGCGGGGGUGCCACCUCCUCGCUCGGUCAGGCACAGAGGGAUGGGAAGCUGCUGGAGGUGAUCGAGCGGAAGCGUUGCCUGUGCAAGGAGAUCAAGGCUCACCGGCGCCCAGACCGCAGCCUCUGCAAACAGGACAGCAUGCCCAUCCUGCCGAGUUGGAGACGGACCCCCGAGCCCCGCAAGACAGGAACGCCGCCCUGCCAGCCGCCGGCGGUGCUCUGGGACACCUCCAUCUAAGGGGAGCUCAGCUGGGGGGAGGGUGACAAGGUGGGGCGGAGAGAUGAGCGAGGUAGAGACAGGAGUGAGCAACCCACACAGCCAGAAACAAGCUCAAUCAACUAACCAAACAGGUGGUUCUUCCCAGAGCUGAUGGACAGGAGGGGGUGGGGCCAAGACACCAAGAGGGCCUGGAGAGACCGUGAGCACAUGACUAGGAUGCCGGUGCCCUAGGGUGCAUGGUGCCUGUCGCCAAUAGGCGUGGCCCAAAGGAGACGUGACCUCUGAGGCUUUGGGAACCUGAGAUAAGAUGGAAAAUGGUCAGGGGGGACGUAUCGGUGCGUAAACGACGCACGCACAAAACACACCUCCUGGACCUAGAGCAAGUUCUCCAGAGAGUCUCUUGGAGGCGGUGUCACUUCGGGGACACGUCCUCUGGGGGGACAGAGGUUCCGGUGGUGAAGGCCGGACCAUGUCAUAGAGGGGCAGAGACAGAAAUUGGAGUAAGAAGGGGAAAUACCAGGAAGUGACCAGGGUAACCAGAGAAGACGGGAAUGAGCCAGAACCGUCCUGCUGUUGACCAGCUGGGUUCCGACCGCGGACCUCGGCCUGCCAGACCUCCUUUUUAUAAACCUAUCUACUCUAUAUUUCCUGCUGCUACAAACCAAGGCGGAAUCAAUGAGGGUCCAAAGAUACUGAGGAGGAAGAGGAGGAGGAGGAAGAAGAGGAGGUGUGGCCUGGAGGAAGGCGUCGUGUUCGGCUUCAUGCGUUCCACUUCAGUUCAGCGGCCCAAGGUCCGGGCUGACAACCACUCUGCACAAGGGCUCCAUGGCACCGCUCAGCCAGCAUCACCCGGCCGGUGGCAUGUGGAGGGAAAUCCCCAGGCGAACAACAACAACACAGACACACACAAACACACACACACACACACACACACACACAACUGCCAGUUACAAAAGAAAGGGAAACAAGUGCUUUUGAAUAGUGUUUAGAUUUAAUUUUUUGUACAAAGUUGCCAAAAGUCUCCAGUUAGCGCGACUCUUGAACACGAACAGAGCGCAGGUGCAGAGUUGUUUCGAUGGAGAGCUCCGGGACGAGUGUUUGCUCCCUUGUCGUUUUGUGAACAGUGUUUCAUUGAGUGGGACAGUGAAACAUGUGUGCUGGGACGGGGCGGGGCAGGGUGGGGUUGG